UCCUGUGGAGAUGGAGCUCUGGGUGAGGGAAUGUGGGGCAGAGACCAGUUCCCAGGCCGUGGCUUUGGCUGAAGGAUUCCUCCUGAGUCAGGAAGAGGAGAGGAAGAGGGAGAAGCUCCAGGUGCAGGACCCUUUUGCAGAUGAGACCAGUCAGGUGGAGGAGUCUCCUUCAGACACCAUGUGCAUUACCCAAACUGGAAAUGGAGUUUAUAUGACAGUUGGCAAUGAAACAUGGGGAAUUGAUAGUAGCAAGACUUUCCAUGAUUCUCUUCUAAGAAGAGAUUCUACGGGACCAGAUCAGGUGACCUUUGAAGAUGUGUCUGUGGCUCUCUCAGAGGAGGAGUGGGCCCUCUUGGAUCCAAGCCAAAAAGCCUUGCACCAGGAAGUCAUGGAGGAGAAUUUAGGGAUUGUGUCAUCUCUGGUGGAUACACCAUUUGAAUGUUUGGAAUGUGGAAAACGUUUCUAUAGCAAGUUUGGCCUUGUUUAUCAUCACAGAACUCACACAAGAGAGACACCAUUCAAAUGCCCAGAGUGUGGAAAGAGUUUCAGUCAGAAAUCAGACCUUGUUCAUCAUCAGGCAACUCACACAGGAGAGAGACCAUUUAAAUGUUCAGAAUGUGGAAAGAGCUUCAGUCAGAAGGGAAUCCUUGUUCAUCAUCAGGCAACUCACACAGGAGAGAGACCAUUUAAAUGUUCAGAAUGUGGAAAGAGCUUCAGUCAUAAGGGAGGCCUUGUUGGUCACCAAGUAGCAAUUCAUACAGGAGAAAAGCCAUUCAAGUGCUCAGAAUGUGGAAAGAGCUUAAGUCAAAAGAAAAACCUUAUUAGUCAUCAGGCAACUCACACAGGAUUAAAGCCAUUUAAAUGCUUGCAGUGUGAAAAGCGUUUCAGUCGCAAGCACGCCCUUAUUCGUCAUCAGGCAACUCACACAGGAGUAAAGCCAUUUAAAUGCUUGCAGUGUGAAAAGACCUUUUGCCAAAAGGAAAGCCUUAUUCGUCAUCAGGCAGCUCACACAGGAGAAAAGCCAUUUAAAUGCUUGCAGUGUGAAAAGAGCUUUUGCCAAAAGGAAAACCUUAGUCGUCAUCAGGCAGCUCACACAGGAGUAAAGCCAUUUAAAUGCUUGCAGUGUGAAAAGAGCUUUUGCCAAGAGGAAAACCUUAGUCGUCAUCAGGCAGCUCACACAGGAGUAAAGCCAUUUAAAUGCUUGCAGUGUGAAAAGAGCUUUUGCCAAAAGGAAAACCUUAGUCGUCAUCAGGCAGCUCACACAGGAGUAAAGCCAUUUAAAUGCUUGCAGUGUGAAAAGAGCUUUUGCCAAAAGGAAAACCUUAGUCGUCAUCAGGCAGCUCACACAGGAGUAAAGCCAUUUAAAUGCUUGCAGUGUGAAAAGAGCUUUUGCCAAGAGGAAAACCUUAUUCGUCAUCAGGCAGCUCACACAGGAGAAAAGCCAUUUAAAUGCUUGCAGUGUGAAAAGAGCUUCAGUCGCAAGUCCGUCCUUAUUCGUCAUCAGGCAACUCACACAGGAGAAAAGCCAUUUCAGUGCUUGCAGUGUGAAAAGAGCUUCAGUCGAAAGGGACACCUUAAUUAUCAUCAAGCAACUCACACAGGAGUAAAGCCAUUUCAAUGCUUGCAGUGUGAAAAGAGCUUCAGGCACAAGUCCUUCCUUAUUUGUCAUCAGGCAACUCACCCAGGAGAAAAGCCAUUUCAGUGCUUGCAGCGUGAAAAGAGCUUCAGUCAAAAGAGAAACCUUAUUUGUCAUCAAGCAACUCACACAGGAGUAAAGUCCAUUUAAAGGCUCAGUGUGUUGAAAGAGCUUCAGUCACAAGCAUGUCUUUAGUCAAGGUAAUCACACGGUGAAAAAAAACUACAGUGUGGAAAGAGCUACAGUUGAAAUACAAACCUUCUUUUUUAGUUGUCAACCCACAAGGUAAAAAUGGGUUAAAGACAUUAAUCCUUGUCAUAGAAACACUGAGUUAAAAAGCCGUGGCCCUAGUGGGCAACAAUAACCUGAUCAAUUUUCUUUGAUGAAAUAUCUCAUUAAGCAUGAUUGAUAAUAUUUUGAGAGCUAAAGGAAAGAUAUUUCUGGAUUUUUCAUCCAUUCAUGCAUUCUGGUUACUGCAAAUAUUUCCUGUCAUAUAUAUUCAGGGUUAAAAAUACAUUUAAUUGAGGCGUUUGAUGAGAAGUGUGGGAAUGGGUUUGAUUAAUGACUAACAGCCCUGUGUACCAUGUAAUUCUAUGUAUGUGGGACUGGGUUUUCUUUUCAAGAAAUUUCUAAUAAAGCAUAACUGAUAGAUA